AUGAAGCUGUUGCUGCUGCUGCUGUGUCUGGGCCUAACCCUGGUCUGUGGCCAUGAAGAAGAAGCUAGUUUCGAGAGAGGGAACGUCGAUGUGGACAAGCUCAAUGGGGAUUGGUUUUCUAUUGUCAUGGCCUCUGACAAAAGAGAAAAGAUAGAAGAGAAUGGCAGCAUGAGAGUUUUUGUGCAGCACAUCGAUGUCUUGGAGAAUUCCUUAGGCUUCAAGUUCCGUAUUAAGUAAGUGAGCUGUCUGCCCUUAGCUGAGGGAGAAGAAAUAAGAGCAAAUUCGUAAUUACCAAAGUAUCAGACAGAAACAAAAUAACCUUUAAAAAAAGCCAUUUUGCUAAUUUUGCAAAAAUAUUCAAAAGGUAAAUGGAAUCAGAAACUGGAGAUACCUAUAGAGUAGAGGGUGAAGAAGCCAGCCAGAUGAAAAAUCCCCUAAGCAUCAGCUUGCUCUGUUUUACAGGGUAAAUGGAAAGUGCAGGGAACUCUAUUUGGUUGCCUACAAAACGCCAAAGGAUGGCGAAUAUUU